AUGGGUGUUUUGAUAACUAAGCCACACUUGUGGAUUUUGUUUGCGGUCUUCACCCUGGAGUGUACUUCUGCAGACCAGAAAAACAUCACAGCUGAGUCUGGACAAGACGUCACUCUGACAUGUCGAGCUCAAAACAACGACUUCAAGCUUGUAGAGUGGAGCAGAACUGACCAGAGCAGAGCUGAACAUGUCUUUUCGUGCCGGAUUGUUACGAAAGGACACUUUGCUCCAGUUGAGCAGCAUCCAUCUUUUAAGAACCGGGUGGAUCUGCAGGACAGACAGAUGAAGGAUGGAGACGUGUCUGUGAUUCUGAAGAAUGUGAUGAUUAAUGACACUGGAACAUACAAGUGCUGUGUUGUUGUGGGAUCACUAUCAUGUGAACCCAUCAACAGCAUCUACCUUCAUGUUGUUGAUCCUCCAGGUCAGCCAGGAGGACAAAAGAAGGAUGAAGACAACAAAGAUGGAGGAAAGGAGGACAGAAGGAAGGAGGAUGGACCUUUUGGACUGAUAGUUGGUCUCUCAGUUUCUGCUCUGCUUCUUGUUGCUGCUGUUGUUGUUUUGAUCUACAGAAAACAUAAGAAGCAGAACCGGGAUUCAUACCAGCCUCCUGUUGAAAUGAAAAAUCUCAGAGCAUUUCCAGAUGAGCUCUGAGUAGGGAUGGGUAUCGAAAACCGGUUCUUGUUGAGAACCGGUUCCCACUGUUUCAAUUCCUUGGAAUU